ACAAAAAUAAUGCCUUCAACUUUCGCCAAAUUCCAAAGACCUCUUUAUCUAUGGAACUUGAUGAUUCGAGACUCUACAAAUAACGGAUUCUUCACAAAAACCCUAAAAAUAUACUCUUUUAUGCACCAUUCUUCUGUUCAUGGCAACACCUUCACAUACCCUUUGCUCUUCAAAUCAUGUGCCAACCUCCUUUCGAUUCCACACGGUACAAUGCUUCAUGGCCAUGUGUUUCGACUUGGGUUUCAAGCUGAUACAUUUGUUCAAACUUCACUUGUUGAUAUGUACUCAAAAUGUUCUGUUAUUGAAUCUGCACGGAAGGUGUUUGAUGAAAUGCCGGAAAGAAGUGUUGUUUCUUGGAACUCGUUGAUUUCAGCUUACUGUCAUGAGUCUAUGAUGGAGAAGGCGUUGAGUUUGAUUAAAGAGAUGUUGGUUCUUGGUUUUAAACCGAGUUCGUCCACGUUUGUUUCGAUUUUAUCGGGUUAUUCUUCGAAUUUGAAUUCUUUUGAGUUUCUUUGGCAGGGUAUGUCUAUGCAUUGUUUUGUUAUUAAACUUGGACUUGUUUGUUUUGAGGUUUCUCUGGAUAACUCGUUGAUGGGUAUGUAUGCUCAGUUUGGACAAAUGGAUGAAGCAAGGAAAGUUUUCGACUUUAUGGAUGAAAAAACGAUAGUUUCGUGGACGACUAUCAUGGGGGGUUAUGUGAAGGUUGGGAGUUCCGUGGAAGCGGUUAAGUUAUUUAAUGAAAUGCAGCAUCAAAAUAUUGGUUUAGACUUUAUUGUGUUUGUAAAUCUUGUUUCCGGUUGCAUACAGUUAAGGGAGCAAUUGUUAGCUUCAUCUGUUCACUCUCUUGUACUCAAAUGUGGGUGUCAUGAAGAAGAUUCCAUUAAAAACUUGCUUCUAACUAUGUACGCACGCUGUGGUAACCUUACCUCUGCUAGAAUAAUAUUUGAUCUGAUCGUUCGAAAGAGUGUUUUAUCAUGGACGUCUAUGAUUGCAGGAUAUGCACAUUCACGUCGUCCAAAGGAAGCAUUAGAUCUGUUUAGAAGGAUGGUAAUGACAGAAAUUAAACCAAAUCGUGCAACCCUUGCAACUGUUUUAUCAGCUUGUGCUGAUUUGGGAUCACUUUGCAUUGGAGAAGAGAUUGAACAAUAUGCUUUCGAAAAUGGAUUUGAAACGGACCUACAAGUCCAAACAUCUCUCGUACACAUGUACUCUAAAUGUGGUAACAUCAACAAAGCAAGAGAAGUAUUUGAAAGGGUCGAAAAUAAAGAUUUAACUCUUUGGUCUUCCAUGAUAAAUAGCUAUGGUAUCCAUGGGAUGGGGAAUGAGGCUAUCAGUCUCUUCGAAAAAAUGACAACCGCAGAAAGGAUAAAACCAGAUGCCAUUGUUUACACUAGUCUUUUGUUUGCUUGUAGCCAUUCAGGAUUGAUAGAAGAUGGAUUAAAGUACUUUAAAAGUAUGCAAACAGAUUUCGGGAUAACUCCUACAAAAGAACAUUAUACUUGUUUGGUGGAUCUUCUCGCCCGAGUCGGCCAACUUGACUUAGCUUUAGAUACAAUUGAGGCAAUGCCGACAGAUGUCCAGGCCGAAGCUCUGAGUCCAUUGCUUAGUGCUUGUCGGAUCCAUGGCAAUAUUGAGCUGGGAGAGCUUGUAGCUGCCAAGUUAUUAGACGUUAGUCCAAAAAGUUCUUCAAGUUAUGUAGGAGUGGCUAAUUUGUACAACUCUGUUGGUAAGUGGAAGGAGGCGAAUACUAUGCGAAACAUGAUAGAUGGUAAGGGAAUGGUUAAAGAAUGUGGCUGGAGUCAGGUUCAGCAAUACAGUAGAAGCAGAAAUUGUGAAAGAAAACAGAUUGGGAAAGAACAUAGAAUCAUGUGAUAAGUGUUUUCUAUAAAAGAUCAAUGUAUGGUUGGAUUUUGAAUGGUAGUCAUCGAUCAAGGAAUAUCAUACAGGCUAUUUAGAAGUUGAACAAAGGUACACUAAACUCUCCUUAUGUUUCGACUAUAAACAAAAAUAACUAUUUAACGGUGCACAUAACUAGUUGACAUUUUUGUUUUGGUGAUAAUUUACUUUCUGGUAACGCCUCUAAUUUAUUCUUAGUUUACCAUUUUUUUCCUUA